CGGCGGAGUGAGCAAAACUCGAGCAAAGUCGAAAACUCACUGGCAGUCUGCAGUUUGUAACUGGACAAGCUUUAAAAGGAAAAGAAAAAAAGGAAAACACUCUGCCAAAACUUGGCAGUGGAAUUUCAGAGAGCAGAAAUUCUCCGCCUCCAAUCUUGGAAGUGGCUGCAUGGUGAGGGCCCCACAGGCUAUUUUUGAUGCAUUAGAACACCACGUUAUACCAAGUUAAGAAAGCUCAGAGUCUGCAAUCCACAAGAAAAGACCAGGGAAGUGUUCAAGCAGAGACUGGUCACUACUUGGAAAUUUAGAAGGGAUUCCAGUACUGUGGUAAAGAACCACAUGACUUUCAAGGCAAGCUAAAGCUGGACAACUUGAUAUGAACUUCAGAGAGAUCACUGCAACAGCUCAUGUGUGGACAGUCUUCAUGCCUGUUGCUACCAUACUAACCUCUCUGGUGCUUUGUAUACUCUUGGGGGUUUUAAGUGCCUGUCGGUAGCCGCUCACAUGCUGAUGGUACCCAUCAGCAUCAGAGAACAGGAUGAAAUCAACAAUACCACGUAACUAAUGAAAACGGUGACUACAUGGGCCUCUGGUCUGACAACUCAGCUAAUGGAAACAGCGAAUUUGGAUUCUUCAGCUUGACUGCAUCAGUGGGGUAACAAUAUGCUGUUUUCUGGAGAAAAGCGGAGGAAACUGAGGUUAUUAGCAGGUGACCAGAGGAGUGCGUGCUACCCGCACAGCCUUCAGUUUUACUUGGAGCCACCUUCUGAAAACGUAUCUUUGACAGAGUUUGAAAACUUGGCUAUCGACAGAGUUAAAUUGCUAAAAUCAGUUGAGAAUCUUGGUGUGAGCUAUGUGAAAGGCACCGAGGAAUACCAGACUAAGUUGGAGGCUGAGAUUCGAAAGCUCAAGUUUUCCUACAGAGAAAACUUAGAAGAUGAAUAUGAACCACGAAGAAGAGAUCAUAUUUCUCACUUUAUUUUGCGCCUUGCUUAUUGCCAGUCUGAAGAUCUUAGACGCUGGUUCAUUCAACAAGAAAUGGAUCUUCUUCGAUUUCGAUUCAAUAUUUUACCCAAGGACAAAAUUCAGAAUUUCUUAAAGGAUAGCCAUUUGCAGUUUGAGGCUAUAAGUGACGAAGAGAAGAAUAUCCGAGAACAGGAGAUUAUUGCUUCAUCACCCAGUUUACAUGGGGUUAAGUUGGAGUUUGAGUCAGUUUAUAAGAUCCCUUUUGCUGAUGCCCUGGAUUUGUUCCGAGGAAGGAGAGUGUAUUUGGAAGAUGGCUUUGCUUAUGUACCACUUAGGGACAUUGUGGCAAUCAUCCUGAAUGAAUUCAGAGCCAAACUAUCCAAGGCUUUGGCUUUAACAGCCCGGUCCUUGCCUGCUGUGCAGUCCGACGAGAGACUUCAGCCUCUGCUUAACCACCUCAGUCAUUCCUACACUGGUCAAGAUUACAACACACAGGGAAAUGUUGGGAAGAUUUCUUUAGAUCAGAUCGAUUCGCUUUCUAUCAAAUCCUUCCCACCUUGCAUGCGUCAGUUACAUAAAGCCUUGCGGGAAAAUCAUCAUCUUCGUCAUGGAGGCCGAAUGCAGUAUGGCCUCUUUCUGAAGGGCAUUGGUUUAACACUGGAACAGGCUUUGCAGUUCUGGAAGCAAGAAUUUAUCAAAGGGAAGAUGGAUCCAGACAAGUUUGACAAAGGCUACUCCUACAAUAUCCGUCAUAGCUUUGGAAAGGAGGGCAAGAGGACAGACUAUACACCUUUCAGUUGCCUGAAGAUUAUUCUAACUAGUCCACCAAGCCAAGGAGAUUAUCAUGGGUGCCCAUUCCGCCACAGUGAUCCAGAGCUGCUGAAGCAGAAGUUGCAGUCAUACAGGGUCUCUUCAGAAAGCAUAAGCCAGAUUCUGGCUUUAGUAAAAGAGACACAUUACCAGGUAGCCUGUCAGAAGUAUUUCGAGAUGAUACAUAAUGUGAAUGAUUGUGGCUUUUCUUUGAAUCACCCUAAUCAAUUCUUUGUUGAGAGCCAGCGGAUCCUAAAUGGUGGUAAAGACGUCAAGAAGGAGCCUGUCCCACCUGAGACUCCACAACCCAAACCCAGUGUCCAGAAAGCCAAGGAACCGUCCCCUGCCCUGGCCUCUCUAAAUCCCUCCCCGGACAUGGCUGUGGAGGGACUAGAGGAUUACUUCAGUGACUGAUUCUUGGCAUUUAGUAAUCUCCUCCCUAGCUUUCAUUUCCUACUUUUAAGAUUUUUCCCCCCUUUUUCCCCCUGCUGUCAAGCUUCUCCCUCCACAUGUACACAUGCUUCUUAGGAAAACAGGCUUGCAGGUAAAAACAAAGACCUCCACUAUAUUUUGCUUUGACAUAAGGGUAGAGGAACAAUUUCUCUUGAAGUCUGACUCUUGGGUAAUGUGAUGUAAGUCCUGUGUUAGGAGAUAGAAUGGCUUUCUAGACUGGUUACAGCCCCCCAGAAAGAAUGCAACUCGAAACUUUUAACCCAGUCCUUUUCUGGACCACUUUGGUUAAUAAAUAUCAAAAUGGGCAUGAGUGUGUCUGUCAAGUGGUGUUUUGGAGCAUCGAGUGCACUGCCAGUCACCAAUGAUUUUAGACGUUUUUUGUGGGCUGUGUGUGGCCAAGGAGCACUUCUGCCUUGACUGGCAGCAGAGUUUGCUGAAAUGCCUUGUGACGAGAAUUAGGAGAAUGAGACAGCAUUUGUAUAGUCAGUUGUAUUAUUAAAACACGGAAGUGUGUUACUAUGUAAAAUGAUGGUACCGCUUAGCUGCUGUCAUUUUCCAUUAUUUUGGGGGCAGGUGCACAAAGAAUAGACAGUCACUAAAACCCUUCAGACUUUCUUUGCAACCUUCUUGCAUCUUCAUUCCACCCUCCAACUUCCGCACCUUAUUGCUUCUGCAGCUGCUGCGAACUGUCAGAUUGGCUUGGCAAACUCAUUCACAGAAUGUGCUGCUGUUGAGAGCAGCCCCCUCCUCUCAGUGCCAGCAAAGGGCUUUGGUACAUGCUGUGGCUGACCACCGACAAACUGGAGUGAUGCCCGCUCCCUCUACCUGCCUCUAGCAGGCGUGGUGCCCUGUAUGCCUUGUGGAGCGGUGUCCCCGUGGAGCCCUCAUCUAACUAACGUAGUUCCUCCCUGUGGUCUCUACUCACUCCCGCAGAGUAGUUGGGGCUCUUCGAAGGGAGAGGUGACCCAGGUUGACGUGUAACCCUUUCUCAACUAUUACUUUGGAUUAUGUAAAAAUAUUCUCUUUCAGUCCUCUUUUCCUGGUAAAGAGGAAAGUACUUUAUCUUCUUGAAUCAGAUCACAGACUAACAAAAUUGAGAAGAGGACAUUGUAUUCAGAAAACUGAACCGUCAGAAGCAUCACAUUUUAAAUCCUGUGAAAAAGCACAGCAAUAUGAAAAGGAUUUAAGCAGGAUCAGAUCAUUAGAACCUAAAAAUGUCAUCUGACUGGGUUUUUACAUUAAGCUGCUGAGCAGAUUUCUGGGAAUACUUAACAUAUCAUUAAAUGAGAUACUAUCUGAACCUUCACUUGUCUUUUUGAAU